AUGGCGAGGGGUUCGAAGCCCCCGAUCGUCUUCUGCCACUGCUUCCUCUCUCUGCUGAUGCUUAAGAGCUGCUGGCUGCUAGGCUCUGCCUCCCAGAAGUCCGCUGUGUCAGUGGACUCCCAGCAGCCCCAGCAGGAGUACGCCCACUCCAUCCGGCUGGAUGGUGAUAUCAUCCUGGGUGGCUUGUUCCCCGUGCAUGCUCGCGGUGAGAGGGGCGUGCCGUGUGGUGAGCUGAAAAAAGAAAAGGGCAUCCAUCGGCUGGAGGCCAUGUUGUUCGCCAUCGACCUCAUCAACAAGGACCCGGAGCUGCUGCCCAAUGUGACGCUCGGGGCACGAAUUCUGGACACAUGUUCGCGUGACACCUAUGCUCUGGAGCAGUCGCUCACCUUCGUCCAGGCGCUCAUCGAGAGGGAUGGAUCCGACGUGCGCUGCGCUAACGGCGACCCACCCAUCUUUGCCAAGCCGGACAAGGUGGUGGGCGUCAUCGGGGCGUCGGCCAGCUCCGUGUCGAUCAUGGUGGCCAACAUUCUGCGACUGUUCAAGAUUCCUCAGAUCAGCUACGCCUCGACAGCUCCAGAGCUCAGCGACAACACCCGCUAUGACUUCUUCUCCCGCGUGGUUCCUCCGGACUCCUACCAGGCUCAGGCCAUGCUGGACAUUGUGACGGCGAUGGGCUGGAACUACGUGUCCACACUCGCCUCCGAGGGAAACUACGGCGAGAGCGGUGUGGAGGCCUUCGUCCAGAUCUCCAGGGAGUCGGGUGGGGUCUGUCUCGCUCAGUCUCUGAAGAUUCCUCGGGAGCCAAGACCCGGUGAGUUCGACAAGAUCGUCCUCCGUCUGCUGGAGACGCCCAACGCUCGCGCUGUCAUCAUGUUUGCCAACGAGGACGACAUACGGCGAAUCCUGGAUGCGGCGAAACGUAACAACCUGACAGGUCACUUCCUGUGGGUGGGCUCUGACAGCUGGGGCUCUAAGAUCUCUCCGGUGGUCCAGCAGGAGCGGGUGGCUGAGGGCGCCGUCACCAUCCUCCCCAAGAGGGCGUCUGUGGACGCGUUCGAUCGUUACUUCAAGAGCCGCUCUCUGUCCAACAACCGCAGGAACGUCUGGUUCGCCGAGUUCUGGGAGGAGAACUUCGGCUGUAAGCUGGGGAUGCACGGCAAGAGACCGGGCAGCCCCAAGAAGUGCACAGGGUUGGAGAAAGUCGGCCGCGACUCCACCUACGAGCAGGAGGGGAAGGUGCAGUUCGUGAUGGACGCCGUGUACGCCAUGGCCCACGCUCUGCACCACAUGCACCGCGAGCUCUGUGCCGGCUACCCCGGGCUGUGUCCUCGUAUGGCCAACAUCGACGGCAAAGAGCUGCUGGCCCACAUCCGCGCCGUUAACUUCAACGGAAGUGCUGGGACUCCGGUCACUUUUAACGAGAACGGCGACGCUCCUGGACGCUACGACAUCUUCCAGUAUCAGAUCAACAACAGGUCGACAGCAGAAUACAGGGUCAUCGGGCACUGGACCAAUCAGCUGCAUCUAAAUAUGGAGGCCCUGCAGUGGACCACCGGUGACACCUCCCUGCCGGCCUCAGUGUGCAGCCUGCCCUGCCAGACCGGUGAGAGGAAGAAGGUGGUGAAGGGCGUCCCGUGCUGCUGGCACUGCGAGCGCUGUGAGGGAUACCACUUCCAAGCCAGUGAGUUCACCUGUGAGCUGUGCCCCUACGAGAAGAGACCGGACCAGAACCGCACCGGCUGCCAGCCCAUCCCCAUCAUCAAGCUGGAGUGGCAUUCGCCCUGGGCUCUGGUGCCCAUCUUCAUCUCCGUCCUGGGGAUCAUCGCCACCACCUUCGUCAUCGUCACCUUUGUCCGCUACAAAGACACCCCCAUCGUGCGUGCCUCUGGGCGGGAGAUGAGCUAUGUGCUUCUGACAGGUAUCUUCCUGUGUUACAUCAUCACCUUCCCCAUGAUCGCUGCUCCUGAUGUCGUCGUCUGUUCCUUCCGCCGCAUCUUCCUGGGCCUCGGCAUGUGCUUCAGCUACGCUGCACUGCUCACCAAGACCAACCGCAUCCACCGCAUCUUCGAGCAGGGCAAGAAGGCAGUGACGGCGCCACGCUUCAUCUCACCUGCCUCCCAGCUGGUCAUCACCUUCUCACUCAUCUCAGUUCAGCUGCUGGGCGUCCUUAUGUGGUUUGCAGCGGAUCCACCGCACACCUUCGUGGAUUACGGAGAGCAGCGCACGCAGGAUCCCGAGAAUGCACGCGGCGUGCUCAAGUGCGACAUCUCUGACCUGUCUCUCAUCUGCUCGCUGGGAUACAGCAUCCUCUUGAUGGUCACAUGCACUGUUUACGCCAUCAAGACGCGUGGCGUGCCAGAGACCUUCAACGAGGCCAAACCCAUUGGAUUUACUAUGUACACAACCUGUAUCAUCUGGCUCGCCUUCAUCCCCAUCUUCUUUGGCACGGCACAGUCGGCAGAGCGGAUGUACAUCCAGACGGCCACGCUGACCGUCUCCCUCAGCCUCAGCGCCUCCGUCUCUCUGGGCAUGCUCUACAUGCCGAAGGUCUACAUCAUCAUCUUCCACCCCGAGCAGAACGUCCCCAAACGCAAACGCAGCUUCAAGGCCAUCGUCACCGCCGCCACCAUGACCAGCAAGCUGUCGCAGCUGGCGGCUGAGCGGCCCAACGGCGAGGUGAAGACGGAGCUGUGUGAGGGCGUGGAGGCCGGAGUGCCACCAACAAAAACCACCUACGUCAGCUACACCAACCACGCCAUGUGA